AUGGAAUCUUCUUCCACGUCCACCAGAUUCCGCUUCAGAGACCAUUCUGAACUGAUGGAGGACUCCACGCAGCUCGACACCGAUUCCGACGUGUCGUCUGUUUCCAGCGACCUUGAUGAUGAUGCCGAGCCUGAAUCCAUGGCUGGAAAGGGCAUUAAGCAUCUUUGUUCAGAACUCCUUGAGUUAAAGGCUGCAUCAAAUGAAGAUUUUCACAGAAACAUCUUUUCUAAUUACACGGCCUUCAUUAGAAUCUUUGAAGAAGUACAGAGCUUGGAGAAUGAGAUAAUGCAACUAAAAAACCAUGUUUCAACUCAAAAAAGUCUGGUAAAAGAGCUUGCUGAUGGGAUAUACUUAAACUUUCUGUCUGAUGAGACAAAAGACCCAGUUAUUGAAGAAUCUAAAUCUGCUGAGCCACCUUCAAGAAUAGACAAUAUUUCAGAAACCUUAGAUAUUCUAUUUUCAGAAAACAGGAUAGAGGAAGCUCUCAACCUUAUAGAACUGGAGGAGGAACGUUUUCAAGAGAUGCAGUUUGAGGAAAGUUGCCCCCUUGAAGAGUUAAGAUGUUAUCACACUGAGAUUUCUGAGAGGAAAGCCAUACUUGCACUACACUUGACUCUUGUGGCUGAAAACCCAAGAGUUACUGCAUCAGAACUUCAAAAAGCACUGGUGGGACUUUGCAGAGUUGGUGACAGUAAUCUUGCUACUCAAUUAUUGCUUAAAUAUUAUCACUCACGCAUAGUGACUGGAAUUCAUAACCUUCAGAGUUCUAAAUCUUUUUUGAAUGGAGCGUACAUCAGGGAACUCGCCAAAUUAGUAUUUUCUUUGAUUGCUCAAGCAGCAAAAGGCUUUGUCAUGUUAUAUGGAGAAACUUCUCCUUAUGCAUCAGAGCUUAUCCAGUGGACCCUUGAAGAGACCAAUGUAUUUGUCUCUUAUUUUGAACAAUAUGUUAAAUCAAUCUCAGAAAUAAGCGGUGGAUUGUCAAUAGCAGUAGAAGCUGUAAAGGUUUCAUUGUCAUUUUGCUCGUUGUUGGAAAGUCAGAGAUUAGUGUUACUCCCACACUUAAUCAAGCUGAUUCGCCCUUGUAUGGAAGAGGUUCUGCAUUUCCACAUGGACCAUUUUAAGAGAGUUAUUAAUAUCUUUAUGGCUACUGAUUCUUGGGAACUGAGUAGCUAUCUUAUAUCUGGAAUCAUGGAUAAAAGGUACUCCAUGGUUCUUGAAGAACAAGAGUAUUGCCUUCUUACUAACAGUGGUUGGAAGUUUGUAACACUAUUGCAGACCAUUGCUGAAGAUGUUACCCAAUUAGUUUCCCUUCAAAUAGAAGGUUCAGUCCUUGGUGGACUCAUGAACCUGUUCACAGAGUAUAUUUUAAUCCUUGAGAGAGCCAUCAUCUGUGAAACAGAUGUUGCUGAAAAAGGUGGUUCAAGAAUAAAUUUUGCUAUAUCACUGCGACAACAGAUUUCUAUACUAGCCAAUCUCUCAUCAACCGAGCAACUUUUUUCCAGCAUGGUUAAAGGCAUAUUUGGGGGAGUUAAUUGUAUGAGUUCUAACCAAAUUAAGAAUCUUCCUGUUGGUAACUAUGAGAAGGAGCUUGAUAGUUUUAUAUUGGCCAUUCAAGAAGCUUCAAGCCAGCUCAGAAUACAAUUUUGUCAGAAAUUUAUAAAGAGGGUGAUGUCCCUUGAAACUACGUAUAAAUUUGCUCCAGGAAUGUGCAGGGAUGGCCAGGGCGAUUCUAAAUUGUUUCAUGAUGUGCUUCCGUCUCUUACAUUACAGGUAUUCUUUCUAGAACUGAGGAACUUGGAAAGACUAGCUGAGAGUGAUGUUUUUGAAAAGGAAUGGUUAGUGGAGAUACUGAAGGAGCUUAUAGAGGCCUUAUUUAUUUGCAUUUCAAAUGAAAAAGAAAUUGGGGAUACUAAAGAGGAGAAUUUGACAGCUGAGAAUUCUCUCACUUACAAACAGUUCAUUCUGGAUCUGCAUUUCAUAGUUGAAACUGCGAAGUAUGGAGGGUACUUUUCCAACAACAACCUGUUUCUUAUAAAUCUCAUGAAAUCAGCACUUGUCUCAGCUGGACUGGAUCCUGAAAGAGAUGUGUAUGAUAAUAGAUGGUUACUGGAUUCUAUAACCGAAGUGAUCCGAAAGCUGCUGGAGAUUGAGAAGGCAACAAUACUUCCAAAUGAAGAGUCCCACAGUGUUUUAGGAGACGAAACACCUAAGGACAAGUCCACUGAUGCAGCUGACUCCUAUCAAGACGAUAUUAGAAGCUUUUCAGAGAACAGUUUGGGAGCCAACCAUGAUUUAGAAGCCACAAGUGAGGCAGAAAUUGGCAGUGUUGCAGAGACAACAGCAUCAGAUGAUGGAAAUGCAACAAACGCUGCAGAUGAUGAAACAGAGAUUGUUGAAAAGACUGAUAUAGCAGCUGCAGUUUUGUCAGUGGAUUUGGUUGAAGAAGCUUGUGAGAUUGGUAGGCUUCCCACUGAGGAUGGGAAUAGCACUCAAGUUGCCAAUGACAUGGUCAAUUUUUUUGAUUGAGGAACGGAAAGAUGGCAAAAUCAUGGGGUUGUCUGGGAAUGAAGUUGCUAAUAAUGUGGAUGAUUCUGUUGGUGGCACACCGCAGGACAAGCAUGAUAGCGUUGCUGAAGAUGGAAGUAUAAAGGAUCAGAAAGAUUAAUGGUGGGAAAAUAGAGGAAUAAAUAGUGUAGAAUUCAGCAGGUUGACAUGUAACAAGAUUUAUACUUCUAAAUCGAUAUUUGAUUUUUAUUUAGAAGGGGUGAGGUAAUAUCAUAUAUAACAGAUUUUUUUUUUUUUUUAAUGAAAAUUUAUUAAUUUGAGAAA